AUGACCACAGCACACGAUACAUCCGCAUGUCCAGUUCUCACUGGACCCAAUAAUUUCCAGAUAUGGAAACUCCGGAUCAUCUCAAAGCUACGUCGGGAAAAGGUUCUCCAAGUUGUUACUGGAGAGGAGCUCAAGCCCUCACCAGCAAAGCCCACCUCCUCAGAGGAUCCUGAAAUCACCUGGAUACUUAAGGAUGAGAAGGCACAUGGAAUCAUCCAGGACCACAUCUCUGAUGCCCUCCUAAUGAGGAGGACUGGAGACCUCACCAGCUCCAAGGAGUUAUUUGAUAAACUUGUUUCACUCCAUCAGAUGUCCAACAUUGCCUUGGCCUUCUAUUCAUUCCAGCAACUCACCAAAUUGUCCUGGGAUGGGACAUCACCUAUCCAGGACCACAUUACGAAAAUCCAGACAAUUGAUUCAUACCUCUUGUUACGCACAAAGUGCUUAACAAAGUCUGAGGGUUUGUCGAGGUUUGUAAAGAGACUUAUCCGAAGACAAGUUCGAGAACAUAGUUCUGAGUGGAGGUUUUCCAACGGGAGUUGGUCUUCUUCUGAAUAG